AUGCGUGCGUGUUUUAAAGGGGUAGCUGCGCGCGGGUAUUUCAAGUCGGCGGUGCUCCCGAUGUUCCAUUUGAGAUCUACGACUUCGUUGGCGCGGUGCAUUAGAUCGGCAUGUUUAACAUCCCGACCCUUGCUGCAAGUCCGCAUGGCAUCUUCCAAUCCCAAGUAUCUUAACGAUGAAGAACCUUAUGCCGAAUUCAAAGAACGCUUCAUGCGUGCUUUUAACCGACCGAAUUUGGACGGGUGGUGGAUGCGCAAGUACCUUCAGGACUUGCACCUAGAGGAUAUCAUACCAGAACCGGAUAUCGUUAUUGCUAUCUUUAAGGCUUGCCGACGUCUUAACGAUUUAGCUCUGGCUAUUAGGUACCUUGAAAGCCUGCAUCAUAAAUGCGAGAUAAAGCCGGAACUCUUCCCUUGGUUAAUGCAGGAAGUUGGGCCAACCAUGAAGGAACUCGGUAUUCCAACGUUAGAAGAGUUGGGAUAUGACAAACCCGAGCUGUAUACCUUAGACUAUGACGAUUAG